CACCAAAAGUGUCGGUAUAUGAAUUCUUUAUGUUGCUCCACGGUGUACGUGCCUUAGCGGAAGUAAAAAAAUCCAUGUUUAGAAGGUGACAAUAAUUUCCUAUACUGUGAUCGACAUUGUUCGGUCGUUUACAAAUUAUAACCAGGCAUAAACAGUGCCGUGUAACAUUUUUUCGUGACAAAUUGUGAACAAAAUCAUAUCGAAUGACAGAGAACGGAGAUGAACUUAACCUCAAUGAGGAACGUGCUACUCCACCGCGAAAGAUUCGUCACCGGUCUCAUUCAACAUCUACUAAGUGAAUCACGAAGUGUUUCUUCCGUCGUUCUUCUUUUUACCCCUGUUCUCGCUGGGUUCACAUUCGCUGCAAUAGCACACCGAUACUUUCACAUUGGAUACAUUUUCACGGAUCGGCUACAACAAGAGUGGUGGGUGGUUCACGUUUAUCGAGCAAUUCAUUCGCUAUUUGGUAGAAGAAUCGAGGGUAACGAUAACAGAAGAGAGGAAGGCGACGAGAGGAGGUCGACAGAGAACGUGAACAAAUCCUUCGACAUCAGUGACACUAUGGCGGAAAAUCCGGUGAGCUUCGUCGUUGGGGGACCAGACAACGAUCCCGCCGAAGAGUCGGAAGUGGAGGAUACCUUUCCAUCCGAAACAAACGAUUUCGAGACGCAGAAUGCCAUGGCAGGCUUGAUCGAGCGCCGCAAGCGGCUCAGGCCCAGCAUGUCGCAGGGUACGGUGAUGAUCCAGACGCAAAGCCGACUACAUGAAAAGGACUUUACUAUUGCCACACCUGAGGAAUUUGUUCAUCGUUUCGGCGGUACAAGAGUCAUUAACAAAGUUCUAAUUGCCAACAAUGGAAUAGCAGCAGUGAAAUGUAUGCGUUCGAUCCGUCGAUGGUCCUACGAAAUGUUCAAGAACGAACGUGCUGUGCGUUUUGUUGUAAUGGUAACUCCGGAAGAUUUGAAAGCGAACGCAGAAUACAUCAAAAUGGCAGACCAAUACGUACCUGUACCAGGUGGAACCAAUAAUAACAAUUAUGCAAACGUCGAGCUGAUCGUAGACAUCGCUAUACGUACACAAGUCCAGGCUGUAUGGGCAGGAUGGGGUCAUGCAUCAGAAAAUCCAAAGUUGCCAGAAUUACUUCAUAAAAAUAACAUGUGUUUCAUUGGACCAUCCGAAAGAGCAAUGUGGGCUCUUGGAGAUAAAAUUGCAUCUAGUAUUGUAGCACAAACUGCAGAUGUGCCGACACUUCCCUGGUCAGGUUCAGAAUUGACAGCGCAAUAUAGUGGAAAAAAGAUAAAAAUAUCUUCAGAACUUUUCAAAAAAGGAUGCGUUUCGACGGUAGAAGAAUGCUUGGCAGCAGCCAAUAAAAUAGGCUUUCCUAUAAUGGUAAAAGCUAGCGAAGGAGGUGGUGGCAAAGGUAUCAGGAAAGUUGAAAACGCUGAAGAAUUACCUACGUUAUUUAGGCAGGUACAAACUGAGAUACCUGGAUCUCCAAUAUUCAUUAUGAAGUUAGCAAAAUGUGCACGUCACUUAGAGGUUCAAUUACUAGCUGAUAAUUAUGGAAAUGCAAUAUCGUUGUUCGGUCGUGACUGUUCUAUUCAGAGAAGACAUCAAAAAAUUAUCGAAGAAGCACCAGCCGUAAUUGCUAAACCUGAAGUCUUUGAAGAAAUGGAAAAAGCUGCUGUAAGAUUAGCCAAAAUGGUUGGAUAUGUCAGUGCAGGUACUGUUGAAUAUCUUUACGACACUUCUGGACGAUAUUACUUUUUGGAAUUGAAUCCACGUCUUCAAGUAGAACAUCCAUGUACCGAAAUGGUAUCUGAUGUUAAUUUACCUGCGGCUCAACUUCAGAUUGCUAUGGGAUUGCCCUUACAUCAUAUUAAAGACAUUCGUCUUCUUUAUGGUGAAAGUCCAUGGGGAGAUAGCGUGAUUGAUUUCGAUCAACCACGACAUAAACCUCAACCAUGGGGUCAUGUGAUAGCAGCAAGAAUUACUAGUGAAAAUCCUGAUGAAGGUUUUAAACCAAGUUCGGGUACUGUUCAAGAAUUGAAUUUUCGAUCUUCAAAAAAUGUUUGGGGUUAUUUCUCAGUAGGAGCUUCUGGAGGUCUUCACGAAUUCGCAGAUUCUCAAUUUGGUCAUUGUUUUUCUUGGGGAGAGGAUCGUAAUCAAGCUCGAGAAAAUUUAGUCAUAGCUUUAAAAGAAUUAAGUAUUAGGGGUGAUUUCAGAACCACUGUCGAAUAUUUGAUCACAUUAUUAGAAACUGAAUCUUUUCAACAAAACAAUAUAGAUACUGCUUGGCUUGAUUUGUUAAUUGCCGAACGCGUUAGAAGUGAUAAACCGGAUGUAUUAUUAGCUGUAACAUGUGGUGCGCUUCAUAUCGCUGAUAGGACAAUCACGGCCGCUUUCACUGGAUUCCAAACAGCAUUGGAAAAAGGACAAAUACAAGCUAGUAAUGAUUUAGAUAAUAUUAUCGAUGUUGAACUUAUUAAUGAUGGAUAUAAAUAUAAAGUACAGACUGCUAAGUCAGGUCCUAAUAGUUAUUUUCUUGUUAUGAACGGUUCCUACAAAGAAGUAGAAGUACACCGACUAUCAGAUGGAGGAUUGCUACUCUCUUUAGAUGGUGCAAGUUUUACUACUUAUAUGAGGGAAGAAGUUGAUCGUUAUAGAAUUAUCAUUGGAAAUCAAACUUGCAUCUUUGAAAAAGAUAACGAUCCUUCUUUAUUAAGAUCACCAUCAGCCGGAAAGUUGAUCAGUUAUUUGGUGGAAGAUGGUGGACAUGUGAAUGCUGGACAAGCCUAUGCAGAAAUUGAAGUUAUGAAAAUGGUAAUGACAAUAACAGCGAGCGAAGCUGGUCGUGUCUUCUAUGUUAAAAGACCGGGUGCUAUUCUUGAAGCUGGUACUUUGAUUGCUCAAUUAGAGUUGGACGAUCCGUCUUUGGUAACGAAAGCCCAAGAUUAUACUGGUCAAUUCCCAGAAACUGCAGCACCAGCAAUACCAGAAAAAUUAAAUCAUUUACAUGCUAAAUAUAGAAUCGCUUUAGAAAACACUUUAGCAGGAUAUUGUUUGCCAGAUCCAUAUCAUUUACCUCGAGUACGAGAACUUCUUGAGAAAUUUAUGAAUUCACUUCGUGAUCCUAGUUUGCCUCUACUUGAACUACAAGAAGUAAUCGCAACAAUAUCAGGAAGAAUUCCAAUUUCUGUCGAGAAGAAAAUCAGAAAAUUAAUGUCGUUAUAUGAAAGAAAUAUAACUUCUGUUUUAGCUCAAUUUCCUAGUCAACAGAUUGCUGCUGUAAUUGAUGGACAUGCAGCAACUCUUUCAAAGCGAUCUGAACGUGACGUAUUCUUUUUAACUACUCAAGCUAUAGUACAAUUAGUACAAAGAUAUAGAAAUGGAAUACGUGGAAGAAUGAAAACUGCUGUUCAUGAACUUCUUCGACAAUAUUAUACAGUUGAAAGCCAGUUCCAACAAGGGCAUUACGAUAAAUGUGUUUCAGCUUUAAUAGAACAGUACAAAGAUGAUGUAGCAACAGUAACAGCUAUGAUUUUUAGUCACAAUCAAGUCACAAAGAAGAAUGUUUUAGUAACUAUGCUCAUUGAUCAUCUUUGGGCAAAUGAACCUGGCCUCACGGAUGAAUUGUCGAGUACAUUGACAGAACUAACUAGUUUGAAUCGUACAGAACAUAGUCGUGUGGCAUUACGUGCAAGACAAAUUCUAAUUGCUGCUCACCAACCUGCAUAUGAGUUAAGACAUAACCAAAUGGAAUCUAUAUUUUUGUCAGCAGUAGAUAUGUACGGCCAUGAUUUCCACCCAGAAAAUUUACAAAAAUUGAUCCUUUCUGAAACAUCUAUUUUCGAUAUUUUACACGAUUUCUUUUACCAUUCCAAUCGUGCAGUUUGUAAUGCUGCUUUAGAAGUUUAUGUCCGCAGAGCUUAUAUCAGUUAUGAGUUAACGUGUUUACAACAUUUAGAACUAUCAGGUGAAGUACCACUUGUACAUUUCCAAUUCUUGUUACCUAACAAUCAUCCCAAUAUACAGAAUCAAUCUUCAGUUAAUCAUAGAAUUGGAGCUAUGGCAGCUUUCCAAGAUAUGGAUCAAUUCGUUCGAUAUUCUGAUGAAGUUUUCGAUCUCUUAGAAGACUUAUCUUCGGUUACCACAGUUUCAGCCAAAGUUUUAGAAGCAGUAGAUGCAGCUGGAAGCGAAUCAAGACAUAGUACAUCCAUAAAUGUAUCUCUAAGUACUGCAGAAACUGCUGGUCCAGUGGAAGUUGGUGAACGACCAACAGAACCGGUACAUAUUUUAAGUAUUGCCGUCCAAGAAAAGGAAAAUCACGAUGAUGUUAUAAUGGCAAAAAUUUUUGGAGAUUGGUGUGCUGCAAACAAAGAAGAAUUAAUCUUACGAGGUAUAAAGAGAAUCACGUUCGCUGCUUUAAAGAAAAGACAGUUUCCUAAAUUUUUUACAUUUCGUCAAAGAGAUGGUUUUGUUGAAGAUAAAAUUUAUCGACAUCUUGAACCUGGUUGCGCUUUUCAAUUAGAAUUAAAUAGAAUGAGAACUUAUGAUCUUGAAGCUUUACCAACUUCGAAUCAAAAAAUGCAUCUUUAUCUUGGUCAAGCGAAAGUUGCUAAAGGACAACAAGUUACAGAUUAUCGUUUCUUUAUUCGUUCUAUUAUAAGACAUUCUGAUCUUAUCACAAAAGAAGCUAGUUUUGAUUAUCUCCAUAACGAAGGUGAACGUGUCUUAUUAGAAGCUAUGGAUGAAUUGGAAGUUGCGUUUUCACAUCCUCUUGCAAAACGUACGGAAUGCAAUCAUAUUUUUCUGAACUUUGUACCUACAGUUAUUAUGGAUCCAGCAAGAAUAGAAGAAAGUGUAACAAGUAUGGUAUUGAGAUAUGGUCCAAGAUUAUGGAAAUUACGAGUCCGUCAUGCUGAGAUUAAAAUGACGAUUCGUCCAGCACCAGGAAAACCAACAUCUAUUAUACGUUUAUGUAUUGCUAAUGAUAGCGGAUAUAGCAUAGAUUUACACCUUUACACAGAAAUAACUGAUCCAAAGACUGGUAUCAUUCGUUUUGAAUCUUAUCCUUCUGCAAAGGCAAAUGGUACUUGGAGACCUGGACCUAUGCAUGGUUUACCGAUUUCUACGCCAUAUCUAACCAAAGAUUAUCUUCAAGCAAAACGGUUUCAAGCACAAAGUGCUGGUACAACAUAUGUAUAUGAUUUACCAGACAUGUUUAGACAACAAACCGAGAAACUAUGGCAUAAAUACAUAGAAGAAAGAGAACAAUCUGAUAUAACGAUUCCGAAUACUGUAAUGGAUUGCGUGGAAUUAGUAUUAGAGGGUGAAAAUUUAGUGGAACAAAAACGUCUUCCUGGUGAAAAUAAUAUCGGUAUGGUCGCUUGGAGAUUAAGACUUUAUACACCAGAAUAUCCUAUAACUGGUAGAGACAUUAUAUUAAUUGCGAACGAUUUAACACAUUUAAUUGGUUCUUUUGGCCCAAAGGAAGAUUUAGUAUUUUUCAAAGCAUCUGAAAGAGCUAGACAACUUGGAAUCCCUCGAAUAUAUUUUUCCGCAAAUUCUGGAGCUCGUAUUGGUUUAGCAGAAGAAGUAAAAGGAUUAUUCAGAAUCGCUUGGGAAGAUGACGAUGAACCAGAAAAAGGAUUCAAAUAUAUAUAUCUAACUCCAGAUGAUUACGCACGCUUAGCACCAUUUAAUUCAGUAAAAACUUCGUUGAUUGAAGAUAAGGGAGAAUCUCGUUACAAAAUUACUGAUAUUAUCGGUAAAGAGGAUGGUCUUGGUGUAGAAAAUUUGAAAUAUGCUGGUAUGAUUGCUGGAGAAACAUCAAAAGCUUAUGAUGAAAUAGUUACAAUUUCCAUUGUUUCUUGUCGUGCUAUUGGUAUCGGUUCUUAUUUAUUACGUCUUGGGCAAAGAGUGAUUCAAAUAGAAAAUUCUCACAUCAUUUUAACCGGAUAUAAAGCAUUGAAUGUUGUAUUAGGUCGUGAAGUAUAUGCUAGUAACAAUCAAUUAGGUGGUAUACAAAUCAUGCAUAAUAAUGGAAUAUCACAUGCAACUGAUGUAAGAGAUAUAGAGGGUAUUGCCACUGCUUUAAGAUGGUUAAGUUAUUGUCCGAAAUAUAAAGGAGCGCCUCUUCCUAUAUUAUCAUCACUUCUUCCUGAUCCAAUUGAUAGAGAGAUUACUUAUGUUCCUACAAAGACAGCCUAUGAUCCAAGAUUAAUGCUUGAAGGUAGAAUACAAAAUGGAACAAAUUAUUGGGAGAGUGGAUUCUUUGAUCGUGGCUCUUGGCAGGAAAUAAUGAGACCUUGGGCUCAAACUGUGGUAACUGGACGAGCUAGAUUAGGAGGAAUUCCUUGUGGUGUUAUUGCAGUAGAAACAAGAACUGUUGAAUUGCAUUUACCUGCUGAUCCUGCUAAUCUCGAUUCAGAAGCUAAAACAAUCUCUCAAGCAGGACAAGUAUGGUUCCCUGAUAGUGCAUAUAAAACUGCUCAAGCUAUUCAAGAUUUUGGAAAAGAAGAACUUCCACUUUUUAUCUUCGCUAAUUGGAGAGGAUUCUCUGGUGGAAUGAAAGAUAUGUAUGAACAAAUUAUCAAAUUUGGUGCUUACAUUGUGGAUGGAUUAAGAAAAUAUACUAAACCAAUAUUUAUAUAUAUUCCACCAAAUGGUGAAUUAAGAGGUGGUGCUUGGGCAGUCGUUGAUCCAACAAUAAAUCCUCGUUACAUGGAAAUGUUUGCUGACAAUACAAGUCGAGCUGGAGUUUUAGAACCUAGUGGAAUAGUAGAAAUAAAAUUUAGAAAUAAAGAUUUAAUUAAAACUAUGCAUAGGAUUGAUACAAUAAUACAAAAACUUAAAGAAAACUUAUCCAAUGUAAAUUCACCUGAAGAACGAAAAGAAAUCGAAAGUCAAAUACGUAAGAGAGAACAAACUUUAGAACCUAUGUAUCAUCAAGUUGCAAUUCAUUUCGCGGAUCUUCACGAUACACCAGAAAGAAUGUACGAGAAAAAUGUCAUUCAUGAUAUUAUUCCAUGGCGAAAAGCGCGAAGAUUACUUUACUGGCGACUUAGAAGAAGACUUCUGGAAGAUGAAAUAAAAGAAGAAGUUCUUUCAACGCAACGAAAUUUAGAUGUUGAUUUUAGACAAGUAGGUGCGAUGUUGCGUAGAUGGUUCAUAGAGGAUAAAGGUGCCACGGAAUCAUAUUUAUGGGAUCAAGAUGAAGUAGCGACAAAUUGGUUGGAAAAUCAACGACAAGAUGAAAAUAGUGUUGUUUCGCGUAAUAUCACUUGUGUCAAACAAGAUGCAAUCGUUUCUCGAAUCAAAGAAGCUCUAGAAGCUUGUCCAGAAGUGAGAUUAAAUGCAAUUUUAGAAAUUGCGCACAGACUACAUCCAGCAGAACGCACGGAAUUGCAAAGAACUUUGUCACAAAUAGAAAUGACUGCACAGGAGCAUCAUAAUGAUUCAAGUGGUUCAUCCUAAUGUUUCUUUGAAUUAAAAAGAAACUCUUGUCUAUUUGCGUACCUGCUGUAUGUAGUAUGUAUUAGAAUUAAUUGUACAGACACUCGUUAUUCUUGUUAAUAGCAAAUUGUACGGGAGUAGUAUAAUUUUUGGAAAGUUAAUAAUUGUUUCUAUCGAUAGCGUUACGUGAUGAUAGAAAGUAAAAGAACUUGUGUCUUAUUAAAGUUCAAUAGUGAUGC